AAUCACAAAUGAGCUGUUGAGUUGAGAUGAUGUGGCUUCUGAAAGCUUUCCUUUUGUUGUCAACCCUACGAUUUUCCGUGCUCGGUAACACCGAGUCUACUGUAGAAAUUUCCCGUGUUGACGUUAGUGUUUUUUGUCCUUGCGUAAACGGAAAUUGCUCUAAAAGUGACGGAUCUUGCACGUGCAAAAAAGGUUGGACAGGAAUUUUCUGCGAAAGGGCUGUUCCAGAAUUGAUUUGUCCUGGUGGUUGUGGUCAAUAUGGAUUUUGCGACGUUUUAACUGAGAAGUGCGCUUGUGGCUUUGGAUACCAAGGGGAAAAGUGUGACGAAGCGUGUCCGGCAGGCUUCUACGGAUUGAAUUGUACUAAUACCUGCAGAGCACACUGCACAUCAUACUACAUUUUAUUCGGUCAGAAGCAAUUCAUUGGCUGUGACAAAAGAACCGGAAUGUGCAAUUGCAACGAAUUAUAUUCUUAUAACCGUCGUGAAUUUGCAAGAUGCAAACAGCAAUGCGCCUCAGCAGGGGUUAAAUUUAGUAACUGCCGAACACCAUGCGCCCCUGGCUCGUUUGGUUACAAUUGCAAGCAACAGUGUGUAUUGAGUGUUGGUUCCGAUAGAGAGUGUGGUCCUAUUACCGGGAGAUCAUUCUGCAAACCUGGAUACGAGGGGAUUUUUUGCACAGUCCAAUGCCCACCUGGGAAAUAUGGAGUAAACUGCAGAGUGUGCAAAGAGUGUGAAAAUGGAGAGUGCAAUUUUAUAACAGGUGAUUGCCAGUGCCUUCCAGGAUGGACAGGAGGUUCGUGCUCGGAGCCAUGUGCGAACGGAACCUUUGGCCAAAACUGCUUGAAGAAGUGUUUAUGCGUGAACGGAAAAUGCGACCCAGCCAGUGGCGACUGUAAGUGUUCGCCGGGAUUUUUCGGGCCCACCUGCGAGGAGCCCUGCGUCCAGGGACGCUGGGGCCAGGACUGCGCGCACGAGUGCGGCUGUCUGAACGGCGGCGGGUGCGACCCAAAGGACGGCGAGUGCGUGUGCGCGGACGGGUUCGUCGGCGCCAAGUGCGAGCUGCCGUGUCCGCAGGGCCGCUUCGGCGCCAACUGCAGCGAGGAGUGCGAUUGCAAAAACGGCGGCGAGUGCGACGCCCGCACCGGCGAGUGCUCCUGUCCGGCCGGUUGGACGGGCGACGACUGCUUGGAGGGCUGCCCCGAGGGCUUGUACGGCGAGGGCUGCGGACUGGUGUGUCUGUGCGAGAACGGGGCCACUUGCGACCCGGUGAACGGCACCUGCAACUGCACGACCGGGUACAUCGGAGAAUUCUGCAGUGAGCCCUGCUCGGAUGGCACCUGGGGUGUGGACUGUGCUAACAAAUGCCAGUUGGAUUGCUCCAACGAGGGAUUUUGCUCAAACGUUGAUGGCAACUGCCUCUGCAAAGAAGGAUGGAGUGGCGACGAUUGCAAGCAGCCGUGUCUGAAGGAAAAUGAUGACUGCAAUGGAACUGUUACUUUUAACGUGGACGAUUCAGGAUCUUCAUCUCAUCUGAUAUUGGCUAUCGUGGCUACUGUUGUUUGUCUAUGUUUACUCUCAGUGAUAGUAGUUGCAAUUUUUGGUUACAAAUACUAUAAAACGAAAUAUGGUCAUGAGUCAUCAACAACGGAAUCCGUUGUUAGUUUCGCUUAUAAACUGUCGUCUCCAAAUGAAACCAAUUGUUUUUUGGAAGACUCAAAUAGCGAUGCGGAUGAAUAGCUAAAUAUAUUUUUAAUACAAUAAAGAAAAGUUGAUUGAAAGCAUUUUCAAAAUAGUACGACGUUGAACUAAAAACAUAAAUAAAUUCCUUUAUCACAGAGUAUUGUUUUCUGUCAAUGUUGGCGAGUUCCCUUCAGCUUGAAAUAAC